AUGAUCGACGUCUCUGAGAGCCGACCGCACAGAAGAGAAAAAGAAGCCAGAGAAACACUCUCAUAUCAUGAAGAGUUUAAAAUCUACAUCUUGUUGGGAUGUGAAUUCGCAAGGGCUACUGCUGUACUCAUGCUUCUUCUUUGUGUGAUUGAAGCUUUUUGGCCUAGGACGACAAUACCAGAUGAAGAGACGCCGAAAUUGCAAUGCAUUUCUCUGAUUAUAUCCAUCUUAAUGUUUUCUAUAUCUGCCGCUUUUUCCGGGGAACGGGACAUCUUAUCAGCACUCAAAAUGAAUGAUGUAGAUAAUCAGACGAGAAAAACAUUCUUGCAAACAAUUAGUCACGAAAUUAGGACACCCAUACACGGGAUUUUGGCAAAUUCCGAAAUACUGAGUAAAACUCCAUUGUCAUCUGCGCAGUACGCACUUAACCUGGCAAUUCAAAAUGCUGGCAUCAAUGUUUAUGAUAUGGCUGAUCUUGUUUUACACCUAGCUGAGGUGAGCAAUUACAACUUCUUUCAUACGAUCGACUUUUCUGGUUUGGGCUCAUUAAUAGAUGUCGAUCUGGUAGCAACCCAAUCCGAGAAAUUCGAUCUGUACUUAGUGACAGAACAAAUCAGUGAUGGAAUGGACUUUCUUUUUGAAGUUCAAGGGGUCGACUUCGAUUUCGACUAUCAAGUACCAUUUUCACAGUCAAUCUAUGUUGGAGUUCCUGGUGCGAUAAAAAAAGUAAUAAUCAAUUUGAUGGGAACUUUGUUAAACGUUUUUCUGACCGGGAAACUUUUAUUCACCGUGAAAUCCCGAGAAACCUCAACAGGAAGCAGUGAUGAAUCAUGUGUUUAUCACAUGAUAUUUGAGAUCACAGCGGCUGGGAACCUAACAAACAUAGAUUUUUCUCAAGAGAAUUAUGAGAUCAAGUUCAUCGAAACAUUGAUCAAUACACUUGGCGGCACUUUCACGAUUACACUCACCCUAAAGGACUGGAACACAUCGACUUCCUCAAUCACUUUUACAAUUGAACUUCCAAUGAAAUCUGGAAUAGAGGCAUGUGAUCAAAGCGGCAACGUCAAACCUCUUCCAUUACGUUACGUCAAAGUACAAGCUCAAGCCGGCGUCGAUCAUUUGAAAGUUGAUGUAAUUCGAUCCGAUGAAGAAUCCAGAACUGUAAAAAGAGUCAUCGCCUUUCUUAAUAAAUUCGAAAUGCGAUCCCACAUUUAUGCUUUUCACGAUGUCAUAAGAUUAGAUGAAGUUAACACAAUUAUUGUUGAUUCGUCUGUUAUCCGCGACGAGCAAAUUUGCACCAUUUUCAAAAUCGCCAAAGAGAAUGAUAUCUUUAUCAUUUGUCUCACACCACUUCUGAGACAUGUCGAAAUUUCUGAAAAAAUCGGAUCACUUGAUAGUGAAGUCCAUUUUAUUAAUCAGCCCUUGACCGCUGUAAAAUUGUGGAACGCGUUAAUUGCUGCAGCAAACGAGAUAUUACCAAAACAAAGAAGAAACGAAAAGAACGCGGACUAA